GCGGGCAGCAGUGCUCCAUAAGGUGGUCGGUGUAGGCAGUGAGAUGGGAAUGAACAUGUGGAGUACCAUCCUGUCCGGAUCCCCAAGGAAAGAGGGUUUCCAGAGUGGGGAGCAGCCAGAGCAAAGCAGGCAGUGUGCCUGGGUGUUGAAGAAGCAGAGGAGGCACGUGUUGGGUGGAACAGAGUGAGCAAGAAAGAGAAACAAGAGUUGGAUGUCAGAGAGCACUGAGGGAUCAUCCUUAUUGGGCUUGCAGGUCACUUCAGAAACCAGAGAGGCAUUGGAGGGCUUGGAUAGAGAGGGGACAUGGUUUUACUUACAGGUUAAAAGGGUCACACAAAUGGGGCUGGGAAGAGGAUAGUCCCAGGGACACUAGUCACUGUCAUUCCUCAGGUGAGACAGAUAGUGACUCAGCCAAAGUUGAGUAGCACAGGAGAUGAGAAGUCACUUUUGGAGAUCCAACAGGGUUCUUUCUGCAGAAGUGUCAUGUCAUGACGUGUCCACCAUGUCUCAGAAGACCAAGGCCUGUGAAAAGUGGUGGUGAUUUGGGUGCUUGUGUGAUGGAGUGAGGGCAGGUUUUAAUGGAAAUCACUGUGGGCUCUAGUUUUUAAUGCACAUGUAAUUCAGCAGAGGAGAAACACAUGGGCAGACAUAAUAAACUUCAACCAGUUUUCAGUCCUGUUCUAAGAGGAGCCAAGCUGGAGCUGUGAUCUCAGAGUAUGGUCCCUGGAACAUCAGUCUCAGCAUCCCUGGGAACCCCUUAGAAAUGUGCAUCAUUGGAUCCACCCCAGAUGUACUGAGCCAGAAGCUCUGGGGGUGGAACCCAGCUGUCAGUGUUUUACACGCCUUUCUGGUGAUUGUAAUGCUUUUGGAAGGUUAGAACCCCUGAGUAGAGUCCUUCAUGGAGGGCUGGAAACCAGGAACACAGGUUACUGAGGGAGUCUCUUUGAUAUCACUUCUGGGUUUCAAAGGUGUGGUAAGGUGAUCUUGUCCCAAUUCAGAGUGGUCACAGCUCAGUCUAUCAGGUCAGAGCCUCCCGCCUGGUGCUCACCCCUGCCUGCCUGGGCCCCCCACCUGACAGUAUGUGUUCCAUGCCUCCCUACCUGUGUCUCUCCACUUUCUCACUCCUGUGUCUGUGUCCACAGAGGAGUUUGUGGUGAUUGGCCCCCCGGACCCCAUUGUGGCAGUGCUGGGUGGGAACGUCACGCUGCCCUGUCAUGUGUCCCCAGCCAUGGAUGUGGAAAACAUGGAGCUGCGGUGGUUCCGCUCCAAGUUCUCAGAAGCAGUGUUCAUCUAUGAAAACCAGCAGGAACAGAAAGAAGAGCAGCUGGCCCAGUACACAGGGCGGACCUCGCUGGUGAAGGACUUCCUCAGCCAGGGGGAGGCCACUGUGCGUAUCCACAAGGUCCAGGCUUCUGACAACGGGCUGUAUACCUGCUUCUUCAGAAAGGGAAGUUUCUAUGAAGAGGCCAGUUUGGAGCUGAAGGUGGCAGGUGUGGGCUCUGUCCCUCAAGUGCACAUCACAGGGCCAGAGGAGGACGGGGUCCGAGUGGUGUGCACGGCCUCGGGAUGGUUCCCAAAGCCCCAGAUACAGUGGAGAGCUGCUAAUGGGGAAAAGUUCCUGACAUUCUCUGAGACCCAUGCCCAAGACACUGAAGGGCUGUUCAGCGUGGAGUCUGCUCUGGUGGUGAGGGACAGCUCUUCAGGGAACAUGACCUGCUCAGUCCUCAACCCAGUCCUGGACCAGAAGAAGGCAAUGGCCAUUUUCAUCCCAGAGCCCUUCUUCCCCCAGGCCUCUCCCUGGAAGCCAGCUUUCAUAGUGAGCCUCGUGGUGCUGAUGCUCUCACUCCUUGGGGCUGCCUGUUACAUCAAGACAGAACAUACUGUAAAGAGGCAGGAGAUGCAGGAAUGGGAGAGACUGCACAGGGACAAGGAGGAGGCCCGGCGGACAAAGGAGGAGGCGUUGAAGGCCAGAGAUGAACUCAAAGAAGAUCUCGGCAGGAGAAAAUCCAUUUACCUGGGUGGCUGGAGGAAGGCGCAGUUGUAUGCAGACUGGCGGAAGGAGAAGUUCCAGGCCUUGUCUGUCACUCUGGAUCCAGCGUCUGCACAUCCUCACCUUGCUGUCUCUGGUGGACAGACUAGUGUGACCUUGGAGGACACA